UAGAUCUUAGAUGCCACUAAAAGAAACGCCUGUAUUGAUUAGGCGGACAUGACUGGUGAAGGAGGCUGUCGGAGACAAUGCCGUGUUAAUUAGGCUCAACGUUAAUCUAAGAGGCGUCACUCCCAACACCCACGCCACGAUGUCUGUUGCCACGGUUUUACCGAUAGAGAGCAGAGAAAUGCCGAGCCCGGGGCACGGGAGACGAGUGGGGAGUACAUCCACGUAUGGCCGUGCAAGUGUUUCAACAAUCGGUUCCACCGCGGGACGGAGCAGUACCUCAACCAAUGGACGGGGAAGUGUAUCGACAACCGGAAGAGGAAGUACGUCACGACCACCUAACGAUGUUGACCUUGUUUAUAUUCAGUCCUUUACCAAUCACCAGAUAGACAAAUGGAAAUCUUUAUUCGAGACAGUUGACCGGACCGGAGGCGGAGAAAUGACUGUCGAGGACUUUGAGCGCGUGCUGCGGGACCCAGAAUUCUACCCUGACCUUGACAGACACACGGCGGAAGUCCUGAUGAUGAAGUGUCUAGAACCAAACCGUCAGUUCAUUUCUUACCAGGAAUUCAUCAAUAUUAUGAGUAAUAAAAGAAAUCCAAGUUUCCGACUCGCCAUAGAGACACAGGGUAAGGAACAGUUCCUACUGACCAGUCAGUACCGCAGCAACACGACAUUUUUCCGCGGAAUGGUGCGCUACGUAGCCGAGCAGUACCUGACGGAUGAGCUGGACAGACAGUACUACGCAGACAAAUAUAGCUGCUGUCCGCCUCCGCUCUUCAUCCCUUUCAUAACUAUGGCAGAGGUGGGAUUCUUUGUGUAUCACUGCCUGGAGGCCAACAACAUUACCCCCACCGGUCCCGUCCCUGUGGAAAGCGUCUUUAUCUACCGUCCCGACCGCCGCCUACAGCUGUGGAGGUUCAUCUUCUAUAUGUUCAUACAUGCCGGGUGGGUACAUUUAUUUUUCAACAUGUUGGUACAAAUAAUCGUUGGUAUUCCCUUGGAGAUGGUUCAUGGUUCUUUCCGGAUUGCACUUGUGUAUCUGGCUGGAGUUCUUGCAGGGUCUCUAGGGACGUCAGUGUUCGACAUCAAAGUGUAUCUAGUUGGGGCCUCAGGAGGGGUGUACGCUUUAUUAGCAGCUCAUCUUGCAAAUGUCAUGCUGAAUUAUACUCAUAUGGAGUUUGGUGUAUUGAAAUUGGCAGCUGUUCUUGUUGUUGCUAGCGCAGAUGUUGGCUUCGCUAUUUGGGACCGAUAUUCCAGCUUGGACAAGGCGCCACCUGUCGGAUACACAGCCCAUCUAAUGGGGGCACUAGCAGGUCUAACCAUAGGACUUGUUGUUUUGAAAAACUUUGAACAAAAACUUCACGAACAGUACUUGUGGUGGAUAUCACUGUCUAUUUACCUAGCUUGUUUUGCGUUUGCUAUUUUCUGGAAUGUGUUUUAUUACUGACAUUUCUUCAGGAGGUCAUCAUCAUUAUUAUCAGCAGCAACGUCAUCAUCGUUGUCAUCCAUGCUUUCCUUGACUCAGGUACUGCCGAAUGGAGAUCUAAACCUGUCCUCAUCAACGUUAACAGCCUUGUGCGGUACGCGGACGCAGGCCUCCAAUCUGGUGCUCUAUAUCAUUGUACUCAUAUAGCAUACCACUACUACUAUUACUACCGAAUAGCUCUUGUUUCUGGGUCAUAUACAGCUGCGGAACUCCAUUGCACUUUUGUCCUUUGCCACCCGUAGACUUUCGAUUUAUAGUUGAAACUUAUAUCUCAUAAUGUGGUUCUCUGACUGAAUGAUCCUUGACGCGGUUAAAUUUUCAGCCACAACAUACGUAAUUUCGUAUUAAUUCCCACCAGGUAUCCUCAGACAUCACGUAAAUAGUUUAUGUGUAUGAAUAGUUCAGGUAGAGAAUGAACAUACGUAGAUGUUCCUUUGGUAUAGUAUUUUUCAAAGACGUGAUAAGCAGAGAGCGCUGUUUUUAAUUAAGACGAUUGUUAUAUAUUGUUAAUGGAUGGGGACAUUCACUUAAGGUAGAGACGCUAAGUAUACAGGUGUUGGGUGAACUGAAUAGUAAAAUCGGACGUUUUACAAAUGGGAAUGGAUCAUAUGUUCGUUCAAAUAUAUAUAUAUAGCAAAUGUGUAUUGCCGUCCGUAGCUAUGUUGAAUAAAAACAACUAUGGUUCUUCAUCAAAACGUUUCAAAGAAAGUAUGGGCCAGCUAUAUCUACAUUGACGUAGAAAAGUACAUUCGCUAUAAGAUGUUCUAACUCGCUCGAACAUACCAUGCUGGGAUGCAUCCUAAUAUUCAAGUUUGAGGGGUGGAUGUAUGUGUAAGUGCUCAGACUUAUAAAAAAAAGUUUAGCUAUCAAAAAAUUCUAAAUUUUGCUUUUUAAACAGAUAUAAUGAUUUGAUUACCAAUGUUGGCGUUGCUUCACUAUUCAUAAAUUUUAUAAGAUCAAUCAAUUAAGUGCUAGCUUUCUUAAAACCGUUCCUGUCAGAGUAAAUACAAAGCGAUUUGAAAACAAAUAUACCUGAUCGAUCUAUUAACGGGAAACUUUACUUCAAUGCUUAGUGUAUAUAUACCUGUGAUAACUGAUGUAAAUAUUGUGUUUUUGGAGACAGGCUGUGAAAACAUUGUCAUAAUGUUUAGUACGUUCGUUUUGUUUGUUUUUAAAACACGCUUAUUUAUUUGUUUUACAUUUUUGUCAAAGGUAAACGUUUUAUAGUAGUUGUUAUAAACUUCAUGAGCGAGUGUGAACUGACAAAGUUUGAUUCUUUUUGUAUGACGAGAUGUAGGAUAUGUAUGACGAGAUGUAGGAUAUGUAUGACGAGAUGCAGGAUAUGUAUGACGAGAUGUAGUAUAUGUAUGACGAGAUGUAGGAUAUGUAUGACGAGAUGUAGGAUAUGUAUGACGAGAUGUAGGAUAUGUAUGACGAGAUGUAUGACGAGAUGUAGGAUAUGUAUCAGCGGUUUUUUAAGUGUACAUGGUAGGUAUGCGUAACACUAGCAGAGGCCUUCACGACUGGACAAGUCCAAUGGUUAUGUACUGCUGUUUAGGGAACAACACUCGUAUGAACUAUUUUUGUGAAAUUUCGCUAAUACAAGAGUGUGGGCUUAUAUCAUGAUUAAUUCGGAACAUGUACAAACGUUCAACUUUAUACGGACAAUUUCAUCUUAAUAUAUAAGAUAUAUAUUGUUAUAAAGCAUUGUUUGUUUUCUGUGCAGAAAAUUGAAUUGUAUAUCAGAUGUUACCAAUACGUUAUCAUUAUUUGAUUAUUGAUAUAAUUUACAUACAUAAUUUACAUACAAUAUGUACAUACAUAAUUUUCUUACUUCAUGUACAUACAUAAUUUGCAUACUCCAUAUACAUGCCUAAAUUGCAUACAUUAUUUACAUGCCUAAUUUACAUACAUCAUGUACAUACAUAAUUUACAUACCUCAUGUACAUAUAUAAUUUACAUACAUCAUGUACAUACAUAAUUUACAUUUAUCAUGUGCAUGCCUAAUUUGCAUACAUCAUUUACAUACAUUACCUACACGCAUUAUAACAUACAUAAUGUAGAUAAUGUAUUUUCACGAAAAUGUACUUACUUCUAUAUAUGCCUAAUUUACAUACACAAUAAAAAUACAAUAUAUACAUACUGGACACAUACAUAAUGUACAUAAUAUUCAUGCAUACUACACAUAAACAUACUAUGCAUACAUUAUUCUCUACUUGAGUGCUUUAUCUAUUAGUUUGAAAUAAGACAGAAAGUAAUGCUUGUAAGAAAUUAUAUACUGAAUGAGAACAAAAACAGUCUUUCGAAACUUACUUAGCUGUCCUUGUCAUUUCAAAUGUGAAAUACCAAACUAUUAAGGAUAUACUUCCCUUCCCUUGUUAUUUAUUAAUUAAUUUAUUUUUGUGCGAUAUUUUUGUUUUAGAUUUCAUCAUUCACUGUUUAUAAGUGUAACAACAAUUAUUUCUUAGAAUACUGAAAUACAUUUCCUCGGAUUUCGUCCAACAACAAUUGUGCAGGGAAUUUGCUGGCAUUUAUUAUCUCUCCGUGAAGUAGCGAUAAACUGUUUCAUUUAUUGAAUAGUUAUUUUCGGAGGAACAGUAUAUAAAUAUAACAUUCAUUAGCA